GGGGUCCCUCUGCCUGCUGCAUUGUUCAUGCCUGGCUCAGAUGCUGCAGCCUCUCACCAUGGGCCUGCCCUCAUGGCUGCUUGGACAGCUCCUGGCCACGACAGUACUUCAGCUUCUGAGCCGCAGCACCGCAGCCCCUUUCCCUACCUUGGCGCCCCCACUUACCAUGGUCGUUAACGGCGAGAGGAAGACCUUAGUGGUUUGUGUGGUGAACGACCUCUCCCAGGACACGGCAGAUGCCAUCUGGUUUUCGAAUGAGAAUGGAAGUGCCCUGGACUCCUUCACCUACGGGGUUUCCAGGGAAGAAGACGGCACAUUUAGCACAGUCUCUCAUCUCUCCAUCCACACUGCAGAACUGGAGUCCUGGGAAUCCCUCGCCUGCCAUGUGAGACAGAACAGAACCGCCCAGGUGUGCAGUGCCAGGUCCCUGCUGAUCUCUGAAGACCCUGUGGAAGAGCCAUGUCUGGAUGAAGACCGAAGUGCUCUGCCCGUCUGUUCACAAAUCCUGCUUCUCUUGGCUAUCAGAGUGUUGUUGCUGAAGGUCCUCCUGUUUGACAUUCUCAUCACCUGCAGCUUCCUCUUCAAAGGGGGACGCCAAGCCCUACUGCUGAACUCUGCAAAUAGUUCCUCUGCUCAGGCUUGGUUCAGCGACAGAGAAUCAGGCUUGCCUGUCAGCAUGGAGAGCAGACCGAGGCAGAGACUGAGUUGGACAGAGUUAGUGACUGGAGCCAGCCACCAGGGUAGCAGAGACAGAGCUUCCCACACCAUUUCCUUACAUCUUCCACCCAUCUGAGCUAGAGCAAAUCAAAUGACCCACUAGCAGCUGUCCUCACAGUGGGAUUUGGGGCAGUUUACAAGGUGUUGCACAUGGUUUGAUCACCUCUCUGCCCACUAUGCUGAUGUCAGCCAGGACACAGCAUGUACCAUGUGCAGAACAGAUGGGCCCCAGCUGGACCAAAGUGUAAAACAGAAGACGACAAACCCAGGCUAAUGGUGUACCAACCCAAGUGUUGAGUUGGGCCUGGGCCCAGGUUUCCCUGUUGGUCAUCUGUUCUCAUUUUUUGUGUUUGUCUUACUGGGUAAACUGCACAGUGUGCAGAGGAGUAUGGAGUUCACAGGCUGCAGCAAUGUUCUCCAUGUACUAGCAACAGUGAUACAGGGCUAAUCUCUAGCACCAGGAAACACCUCGUUGGUAAAGAAAAUCCUUUUCUGGGCAAAGAGAUCAGUUGGUUCUCGGAGUCAGCACCCAGGGAAAUUCGCUUCAGAAGAAGUCCUGUGGCUUUGUGGGUGUUCAAUUUAAAAAAAAACAAAACAUUUUUUUUUACUUGACAUGUUUUUAAACAACCCAAAACUGUUCACUGAAUUCAGCAAAUAGUUUUGUACCCCCAAAAGUGCAUUUUGUGGUGAAAAAACAAAUCAUGACCAGACCCACAUACUGUCUGAAACUCUUCCAAUCCAUGAGUGGAGUAGUUUCUCUCUAGAUCAGCAACUUCUUCCUGCGCAGUUUACUCUCUUGUAUCCGACUGCAGCUACUCCAGUUCCAACGCCUGAGGGAACUGCUCAAACCUUCCCCCUUCUCAGGUAGGCAUUGCCUAUUUUUAUAAGGGAAACUAGAACUUGGGAAAACCCUUUUGGGUCCCAAGGGGUCUAUUCCGCCUGUUGAAGAGGAAUUUGCUCAGCAUGUAGAGAAAUGAGGAGAGAGAAAACCCAAGCCUAUUUUAUAAACAAUUAUAAUAAAGUCAGCCCCAUACAAUACACCCUCAUGUAUGUGUGUCCAAGUGUUUCUGUAGGUAUGCGUACAGACUGCAGUGACAGCACACCCGAACCCAGCCCUCUUUGUCCAUAGCUCUUACAGCCAGAAUUUCUGGCUCUCUCAGGCACUUUUGGGCAUGGAAAAAAGGAUACAUUCACAGGCUCCGGCAGCCCCUGAGAAGGGUGCCUUGGGCAUGGAAUGAGAUAAGGGAUUGGACAUGGAGAGGGCAGGAGCAAAAGGUGUGGAGAGGUGAAUGAAAUGGGGGGGAAGAGGGGCAGAUGGCUCAAGCACUCGGGCCACUCAGAAGCCACCUACAAACUAUUAAGGUUGAAUGAACAGGAGGCUGGAAUUUUUUUUGCAUGUGAAAUAAUUUGCAUAUUUAAUUGGUAUAAUUUGCGUACAUGAGACCAAGCACUAUAUUUGCAAAUAAAAACGGCACAGACUAUCCCUAAAGUUACUUUAACCCCACUACCUCCUAGAUCAUUCUAGGGGAGAGGUGGAUAGGAGUGGGGGUGGGGCAGACAGGAGAAUAGUUGUGGAGGUGGGGUGUCUGGGGGCAGGAUGGAUGAGCAGAGGGGGCAGGGCUGGGCAAGGGGACAGACUGGGGGAAGGGGGGGUUGUGUGCACUGUGCUCUUUUACCUCUACACCAGACCUGCCCUAGGCUCUCUGAGUUCCAACUAGCUAGUCCGUGAAUACCCUAGGUCAUUGGUUUAUAAAUGUUCUAGGCUGUGUACCCCUUUCCAAAUAAUGUAGUCUAUCACAUACCCCUAUCUGAGGCAGGGGCCUAUGAAAAGUCUGUAAGGG